UUUGAAACAAGUUAAGCGGGAACAUUGAAAUGGAUACUGUCAAAUAUCGAAUAUUUAUUCAUCAGAAACAGUGAAGUGGCUAGCCAAAAGUCAAACCAAUGUUGCUAUGGCAGGACAACUGUUCUUGUCCGAUUUGCAGUCUGGGAAGCAUGAAACGAUCGGACAAGACAUUGAGAACUACCUAUCUACAUUGCUGUGUAAAAAGAGUCUGGCUGACAAGGGGGACAAGUCAAAGUAUGGAUUGUAUGCAGUCAAAUUCCUCCACACAUCAGUGUCACAUGUGAACAACAGUCAAGUGCCAACUAGUCUUCUUCAGGCCCUUCAUAGUUGUUACUUUGGGUACAAGAUUGCAAGGGAUGAUCUCCAGCUGAACGAACCAUUGACUGUGCUGAAGCUUCUCUACCAUCUCCUAACCAAAUUUCCACAGAAGGGAUAUCCUGAAAGUCAACUGACCAUUGCAGAACACUUACAAGAUGAGCUGUCAUACAACAGAGAAAAAAAAACUGGUAAUGUCGAUACCAUUAUACACAAUGCGUACAGUUACCUGUGGAAUGUGGCUGCCAAGCUGGAACAAGAGAUGGGACAGACGACCUCCUCACCAGAUGUUAUUCUCAAACUACGACAUGCUGCACUGAAAACUCUCCUUUUUGGACCGUCUGCUGUCUCUGUGUUUGUAGAAAAAUAUCUGGUGGCAUUUGGCAGAUAUGACAGAACUACAGUUCAAUACAAAGACAAGGGCAUGUACACAGAUGCAGAGUUGUUCGUGGACCUUACACAGGAUCUUCUGUCUAGUCUUGUCUCGGAUGGUGUUAAUACAGAGAAUGACGCUGCAAGCUUACUCUCAGUUUUUCUCGGACUGUUUAAGUACAUUCUUCAAAGAUCUCUUCAAAAUAAGAUAAUAGAUUGUCAAAAUGUACUGGAAGAAACAAGACAGAAAGUUACAAGUCAGAUGUCGGAUGCUUUCUCUGUCGUCCAAAAUCUCUUCCUUGUUAUAGAUUUGUUAUUCAAAUCUUCAAGUGAAAAAUGUUGGGAAAAGACGGGUUCACAUUUGACUAAUGUUGUUGAAAUUUUCUGUAGAACUCUUGGCAAAAGCUACAUGUCUUGGCCACAAAACUGUAAGACUUUCAUCCAUGAUAUGAUCACACUUUUGCUGAAACAUGUAGAAAGUUGCACUUCCUUUUAUCCUGUUGAAAUCAGUCAUGAAAUUUUGAGGAUUGGAGCUGCAUCAUUUCCACCAAAUUUUGAUGAUGAUAAACAACUGCUGGCUUCAGUAGAACAUCUUCAACUUUGUCUACGGAUCUUGUUCAAAUGUUUGAAAGACACUCAAGAGGGAAACACUUACAUGUUUUUUGAGAAAGCUGUGAUGGAGCUGUCUCGCCGCUACAAUACAGUUUUGGAGUCUGACAUGUUGGACUGGUCGACAAAGAAACUUAACCAAGAAAGACAUUAUUGUGGUUAUCUGAUGUCAAAACUUGGCCAUUUAUACUCUACAAAGGGAGAUAACUCAUCUGCCUGUGAACUCUAUACCAUUUCAUGCCAUCAACUUACCAAAUGGGUGGAGUCGGAUCCAACACUCACACUACAGAGACUACAGGAGGUUUCAUUAUGGUUGGUGUACGAGUGUUUGUCAGACUGCCAGAAGAAGAGUGGGGACUUAGAGAAUGCCAUGGAGACAAUCCAACAGUGUCUAUUGAUAGAUUCUAGUCACAUAACCUCUGCUGUCAAGCUGUGGGUGAGAACCAAGAAAGAAGCCAUCAAGAAUGGAACCAGCAGUGUAAAGCAGAUUGUUUUAGGUGAACGACUGUUGACCAGAUGUCCAAACACCAAACUUGACAUCACACAUUUACUCAAUCUGGAGCUGCAAGCUUUCAAAAACACCAGGCGAAGUUACAGUGAGGUAGAGAUGGCUGUUUUGAAGGUUAUACUGAACGUGUCCAAAACGUCAACUGUCAAGGCCAGGGCGCUGUUAGACAUUGGUCAGCUGAUUUGGAUAAAAGGGAUCACUGAAAACAAGUCUUCACUUGACUACAUACAGGAAGCAGAAGACAUUCUUUCCAAGGCAGAUGACACUGUGUCUAAUGUGCUUCUAGCCGAGAUCUACCUCUGGUCCUAUAUCAUACAACAUGAGGCCCAGUGUCAUCAGAUAUUCCUUAUGUCCCAUACCAACCCGCCAAUGUCUGAGGUGACCACCACCACAGGGACAUCUGUGGACCCUGAGGACGACAGUAGUGCCUGCACAUCCCAAAAACCUCCCUCUCCUGCCAUGUAUACAAUCGUCAUGGAAACUGUUGCUAUGGAAAAACUGGAAAGAGCACUUGCAUUGUGGGAAUUGAUUCUGACAGGAAGUGAUGGACUAGACAAUAGAACUGACCCGAGUAUCCUUCUGACAACCUUAAUGCUGUGUUCUAGCAUCCUGAGACUAUCUAGGAGGAUAGAGAAUGAACUGCGAGUACUUAAGCUUGCCCAACAACUGGUAGACCAUCACCCUACACUGGAUCGGUCAGCCCUGGACCUGAGGAUGCUGGAGGCUCACAUCCUGGUGGGACAAGCAGAAGGAAUCUCCGCUGGACCUCAGUUACUGAAGGAUGCUGACGAGCUUAAUGACCUACAGGGGUCCCAGAGAGACCUGGCUGUAUAUACUACACUGGUCCAUAUUCGUCUGGCUUUCUACAACAACCAGCUGGAGCAUGGUAUGACUCGGGUGACUUCAAUGAUAUCAUUCCUGGAGUCUCAGGUGUGUAAGACUCGAUCUGCGUGUUCCGCUGAAGGCACUGCAAAACGCUUGAUGUCCAUGUUUCUCAGCCUUCCCAACUGUUCACAGCAGUACUGGAACAUGUACCCCCUUGACUUUGCUCUCGAUGCAAUCAGGAUGCACACCGGUGUCCUCCAACUGAUCCUGGGAAAGGAAUUCUUAAACUUCACAACAGAAGAAUCUAUAGGUAGUAAUUCGUUAGACAAGUGGUCUGCAGUAGAGGACCUGGUGGAGUCCCUGUUACACCUGGGCAGGCUGUAUAGUUUAGCUGGAGAGGACAGGGAAGCAAGAUGUUUUCUCCGAGAAGGUUGGAAGCUGUCUCAUCACCUUUGUAUACCUUACUGGACUAUACAGUUUCUGAUUGAGCUGGCGAAAAUUCAUAAUCUGUCUGGAAACUUCGAGGAAGCAACCAGCACGGCCUUGGACUGCUGCCAUGUUUUAGAAAGUAGUACACUUGAUCAAAAUGCAGUCACAUCUUCACAGGUGAAAGUCAAACCCCCAGCACCUUUAAAAAUCUCCAAUACAAAGUCAGUCAAAAGGAAAUUGGAUGAAAACUUCGGGUUUGAUGAAAGUGAAGAUGAUAUGGUUGAAAGAGCUCUCGUCGGCUUGACGGUGGCUCGUUGUCAGUUUGUCUUAGAUAAAGGGAUGUUGGAUACUUUAAAACACAUUCAAAAUAUCUGUGAAUCUCGGAUAUCUGAUGGCACGUCGGUGAGAAAUAGUAAAACUGAGAAAAGAAAACAAAAGAAAAAAUUAACAAAGGAUGAUGAAAAGUCCAAACUGAUCACAUCUGAAGUAGACAAGCUUUCAUUAAAAGAACUAUAUUUGGAAGCUGUGGUAACACAGGCCGAGAUUUUAUCUGAUUCUGGAGACAUGGAUCUUUGUGCCAAUGUAGCCAGCACUGGACUGGCAAACUGUGAGACCAUCCCUGGGGAUUCUGUUCACAUCAGUCAGCUGGAAGCAAGUCUCCGUCUCCACGAAGUAUUAUCCCAAUGUGAUCCACUAUUUGGCACCUCACAACUAGUUGCAGCAGAGGACUGUUCCGUCACGGACCUCACAACCAUAUCAGAUCCAUUCUACAAUGAGGACGAUAUCACACAAGUGACUUCCUCAAUGUCCAGGAUCAAGAUCGAUGAUUGUUCCAAUGUUAGCUCAGCAUUAAGUGAUAUGGAGACUGAGGAAGUUGAUCAAAAUGGCUCAAGAAAUGAUGAAAAGAUAAAUAUGAAGAGUUAUUUACUAAAAAAUAAGAAAACUGGUCAAGACAAGAAAAACACUGUGGGGAAAGCGGCAAAUAAAAAAGGAAAGCUGUUGAAAACAGAAACUCUUUGUAGUACUCCAAAGCGUGAUAAUUCAUCUCUGAAUAAGGCUGGCCUGUGCCAAACUCCUCUUGGUCAGCAAUAUUUAUACACUGACAAUGAGGAAGCUGUGUCUUUGCCGCUAAGGACACCACGAAGUGUGUGUAGUCGAAAAGCAAGACUCGACCUUCUUUUGGAUGAUAGUGACGAUGAUAUCAAUGUCAAGUCUCACCGAGGGAAAACGACAGGGAGGAAAAAUACUAAGAAAUCGGGAAAGAAAAACCCUGAGAACUGUGAUGUUAUGAAAACUCCAAAACUUUCUUUAUUAAAAGAAAUUCCAACAUCUACCGGAGAAAAUGAUUGCAACAAAAAAGGAAGAUCUAGAAUUCCAUGUCGUGUUAAGACUUCACAACCGACAGAGGCUCUGAAAGAAAAAGAUAAAAAGAACAUUAGGACAAAAAAACUGAAUCAGGAGAAUCAAGAGGAACAAAAAUCUAAAUUAACCAACAAGAAAUGUCAAGUCAAUGACAAAGUUGUAAAAGGACGUUAUUCCAGGAAGGAAAGUAAAAGUGUGUCCUCAAAAAAUGUUAAUAUUGAAUUUGAGCAUAAAAAUGAAGAUCCAGACAUCAAAUGCUCAUCAUCAACUGAUGUGUUCACUUUCGAUGUUUCGGAUGAGGAGGAGGAAUGUGCUAUCAAGACGACGAAGAAAACUGCGGGAAAGCGCAAACCAGCAGCGAUUAAAUGCCCUACUAAUGUGAAAAGCCGCGCACAGACGGUUCGAAAUUCUCGGAUGGUAAAUGGAAAGGAAAAGGUUCGGAAUAAUACAGAGGAAAAUGGGGAAAGGUUGUUCAGUCUAGCAGAAUGUUUAGACUUGCCUGUUAUAGUGUCAGAAGAGCAGAUGUCACCAAAGGUGGAGUCCAGUUUGAAGAGUGAUGUGGAGAAUGAAUUACAUAGCCCUCCUGUGUAUGAUGAACAUAGGAAUGAUUUAAGCCUCACAGAUCUGGAUUUAGUUUCUCCUGAAGAACUACUGGAUUUGAACAAAUCCAUUGAAUUACUGAGAGGAGACGAUAAGGGGAAAAGGAAAACCUCAACAGCUACUACCAAGAGGGGGCGGGGGCGAAAGAAGGAUGAGUCUUCUGUCUCAGACACUGGGUCAACGUCAGGGGAGACAACUGAGGUCCUGCGAUCAACACAACUUACAAAUACCAAGAUUCCACAGAUGACUGGCUUCUAUGAACCUGUGGUUAAAAUACCUCAUGCUCCUGCUGUUCAGGAGAAGAACGAAGCAGAUCUGGAUGCCUCCAUAGCCAACACCUUGGAUAAAGCAUUUCAGCAGGUUCAACACAUGCCAUCUCCCACCCUGUACAGUCAUAUCUGUCAUAUGAAGUGUCUGCAGCACCUGAAGUUGUCUCCCCUUAAAGCUGCAUUCUAUCUGUGUGAAGCACUGGCUAUUACAUUCCGUCACCAAGCUCUCGUGAACUCGGGCAAAAAAAUCAGAAAGAUAAAGCGCAAUCAGAAUGUGGAACAGAUGGAAGUGACAGAGGAACAAACAGAUGCAACGGAGAAAGAAAAUCUCCAUUCUAAAACUCCUAAACAAAAACAGAGUGGCAAAAAACAAAGAAAAGACUCUAAGCAGAUGAAGGGACAACAAACUGGUGAACAGGCCACAGCCAAAUGUACUGGGGAGGAUGGCAGUGAGUUAGAUAAACUGAAGAUUGAGCAAGAAACUCUACUGUUUAUGAAAUCUGAACAAGAUCUUCAGAAAAUGAUUCACAGACUUCCUGAUGGACUGGUUGUAUGCCAUCUGUCGGUGGUGAGUCAUCCCGUCCAUCACUCACAACUGUUGGUCAGUCGGCUGGAGAAACAUGCUGAGCCAGUCGUUGUCAGCCUCGCGGGAAUCUCCAGUCUCUUGGGACAGCAGAUUCUACCAGAUUACACAGCAGUGAUGGAGGAGAGUCGUCAGAGCCUUAAACUGACCAAGAAAGCAGAGUGGUGGAAAGUCAGGAGAGGACUGGAUAAUCGUAUGCAUAGUGUGCUGACCAGUAUGGAGAACAACUGGCUUGGUCACUGGAUGGUCCUACUACUGGGCAAUGUCUGUCAGAGUGACCAGGACAGAGAGAAACUAACUACUCUCACUGAGGCAGUCCACACACAAAUACAGCAAAGUACAGGGACAGAGGUGUCCAGAGGCAAGCUUAGGGUUUUACUUCAGGCUGGAGAUUACUUAUCUGAUCAUCAUCUGACCACUGCAUUGUCUGAACUGACCAGAUGUCCACUUAGAUCUGCAGUUAUCACCGAACUUGUUUCCUCAAUAAGAAGUCAAUGUAGGGAUGCAGGAAUACCUUGUGAGGACUCCAAGCCAGGACAUGUCAUAUUGGUACUUGACAAGACAAUUCAGCAUCUGCCUUGGGAAAGCAUACCGAUCCUGAGGAAAAAUCCUGUUUCUCGUGUUCCGUCUUUCUAUCACAUGUGUGUGCAACUCUCUCGCCUCCAGAUAAAUGAGAAUUCCAUCUACAGGAAUGGAAUUAACAGUAGGCAGACAUCUUAUUUCCUGGAUCCAGAUGGUAACCUGUCCUCUACAAGAGAGACAUUUGAAGCGUGGUUUCGAAAAGAGCCAGGCUGGAAGGGACUAGUAGGAGAGAGACCAUCAGCUGACCAGUUCAAAGAUGCUCUGACACAGAGUGAUUUAGUACUCUAUUGUGGUCAUGGCAGCGGAAGCAAGUAUUUCCAUGGAGAUGACCUCCAGCAGGUCAACUGCCGAGCUGCCACCAUUCUGAUGGGCUGUAGCAGUGGUCGUCUGCAGGUCAAAGGUCAGCUGGAGGCGUCUGGAAUAAUGCUGAAUUACUUCCUGUCUGGAUGCCCAUGCAUUGUAUCAAACCUGUGGGAUGUGACGGACCGUGACAUUGACCGGUUUCUGGAGAGUCUGUUGUCCACUUGGCUGGCUGCAGAGAAGCCUUGUUCCUUACUUGAUAUACUGCCGGCCGCAAGGGAUGUGUGUCAGUUACCAUACCUGAUUGGCUCUGCCCCGGUCGUCUAUGGUUUCCCAGUAUUCAUGAGGUCCUGAUGAUGUCAUCAUUUCCUCGUAUAAUCGUAUAAUGACUAGUCAGCUGUGAUAAACCUUCAACAGUUUGCAGUGACAUUCUUAAUAACAGCAUUUUAGGAAUCCAUACCUUGAUUAAUAGAUUUAAUUCAGAUAGAGAAAUUGGUUGAAAAGAUUUACUGGAAGAAUAAUAAGCAUUGCUUCAAAAACAUUUAAAUUUGUGAAAUUAAAUGUUUUUUGAUGAAGAAAUGUUUACCCUCUAAAACGAAAAUUUCAUUAUGCUUCAUUCUUUUGACAUACAUGAUAAAUGUACAUAUUCAGACUGUAAUGUGUAAGCAAUUAUAGCAUAACAUUUUGAAUUACUUGCUUACUACUGAUUUGUACAUACAGUGUAAAUUGAAUCAGUUAGUUUCGUUUAUCGAAUGUUUAAUGAAUGUCUUUUUAAAGAGGUUUUGGAAACUUGAUUUACAAAAUAGGGGUUCUUUUCUAAAUUGUAUUAAAUAUUACCUUUAUAUUGAAAACUCAGUUCCUCAUUUUUUUGGUAAAUAUGUUUAGCAGAAUAAUUAUGAUACCUUAUGCUGACCAUACUGGUUAUUAGUUUUGGAGUUACCUCCCUUGAAAAUAUUUAGGUGUAUUGGUAUACCUUUUAAAAUAUGUCACCAAAUAAACCUUUAAUCACUUUUAAAAUAAAAAAAUAUUGUGUACUCAAUAUCUCGUGAAUCCUUGACAGUUUAAGCUGAUAUACAAACCAUAGCCUCUCGCCAUCAAGCUUCAUAUGGAUGGCCUGUCACAUACCAUCCAGAGUAAUCGGGGUAAAGUGUAAUCCCAAAGGACACAUACACGACAGCUUCACAAGAAAUGUAAACCUUCAUGGUCACUGAACAUCAUUGAGCCACGCACCUCACAUUUUCACCUGAGGUAACAUAGACUAAUGGUCUACAUGUACCUGACUGAGCUUAUCACAGCCCCUUUUGACUUAUUUCAGGUCAAUUCAUUAAUAUUGGUGAGCUAUCUCUCUGAUGAUAUGUUCCUCAGUAGUUUUCUUAUUCAGCUUUUCUAAACAGUUACUUCCCUUUUUUGAGAAUUUUAGUCAUGUUGUCCAUGUAAUUCUUUCUUGGAUUUCAGCCUUACUGUUCAGCCAACAGAAUCUUCAGUAUUUGAAACAAAGCUCUCUUCCAGGUUUAAUCUGGAGUCUAAAAAUGAUUUCUUUAAAUCUAAAUUUCAUUUGAAAACCUCCCCAUGAAAAUGUUUUCAUUAAGCACAUCCCUUUUGUUUUUGUAAGCAAACAUUGCACUUGAUUGGUUAAAUACAGGAUAAUUGAUAUCCGUGGCUACAACAUGAGUUUGUUGUUCUAGAGAUGUUAUGUAUAUACACCGAUUUAGUUCAGAUAUCUGAUGGCUAGCCUUCAACAUACACCUUAUGUAAUGAAUAUAAUAUAUUAUUCAUGUUGAUUUUUUACUAAUAUAUUUCAUUUGUAGAUAAAAGAAAAAUUGUAUAUGUUGAUGUAUUUAUUUGACUUUGUUGUGUAAUUCACAGAUGAUUGUGAUAGGUGUGUUGUCUCGUUUAAUGUUUAUUGCGACAUGAGUGUCAUCAUCAUUAGAAUGCUAAUCUGUGGUAGACAUAUUUUCAGUCUAUCCGUCCACUGCUGCAUUAUGGGUUACAUUUUUUUGGUAAGAUUUUGGGGCAUAGUUAAAAGAAAUCAAUUCUACAAUGCUAAUUUCUGGGAUUUCACUUUGAGGUCUCAUAUGCUUAGGCAUUGAUUUUAACAGACCAGCAACAUUAUCUGAUGUUCGGGACUUCAAAUACAGAUCUAAGUUUUUUAGCAUGUUUUUUGAAGGCUGAAGGCAUAAUGUUGAAUAAUAGCAGUGUUGCAAUGCUGAUUUCAUGCCUUCUGACUUAAGAUUUAACUAAUAAAUAUAAGUCCUCAUAAAAAAUGUUGAAUUAAAUAAUGUAUGGUGUAUGGAAACAAAUCUUUAGCUAUUACUGUGAUUUUCAUAAAUCCUUUUGAAUAAACUUUUUAUGUUUUGCAAUUUGGUAGGAACCAGUUGCUAUCUCCUUGCUCUCUGUCCGUUGGCAUCGAGUAAGCUGUUGGGCUUAAGAUUCAGUUUGUGAAGCUCUUUCUUCCCUAUCAGAUUAUUGAUGGGUAUCCUGUACUUUAAAAGAUACUUAUACUGGUGGAAACUGUAAGUGGUGGUCAUAAUAUUUUUUCCCAAUGUUUUUUUUUUUUUUUUUUUUCAUAAUUCUGGAUUCAUUGCAUUUGUGGGGGUAGAAUAAAGCAGGGAAUGGGGACAUUCAUGUUGCAACAAUAAAUAUAGUUUUUAAUUAUACAGCAAUUUUAUCUUAACAUCCACAUUAAUUUUUUUUAGAAUUUUCUGUUUGUGUAGAUAUUGUCUCGUUUGAUUAGUGAUUGAAAAUUUGGUUCCUCAGAUUUUGAGACUUUCCCAAACUAUAUAGAAAUUUUUCUUUUUUCUUUAAUGAAAUUAUUGACUCCAAUAACAAAGCCAUCCUAAUAACAAUGCAUAGUACAAGUGUGAUAAUCAAAUACUGUUGAGGUAAAUAGGAUCUCAUUGUCCUGUAAUGAGCCCGAGUCUGUAGUUUUGCAGUUAUUUGAACAAUGUAAUGAAGAAAUUGCAAUAUAUAUAGCUAAGUCAUGUACAAAUAGAUUUCUGUGAUAGAGGUAAGAUACACAGCCAUCUUAACUGAUGAGGCAGCUUUAUUGUACAAUCAUCUCUCAGUAAUCCCGUCAUUUUAACUUGAAUUAAACAUGAAUUGAUAUUAUCAUGUAAACAUAGUUUUAGUCACAAUAAAAUUGAUAUACAACAACACAAGUAUUUGUUUUGUUAUAAACCACUUUUGUCCUAGAGGGAAUGGAAACCACCUGUUCAAAUCACCUGCAGUCUUGGUCUAUAAACAGUUCUGAGUAUCACUAUGUCUUUGAAAGUAUUGAGAGUAUAUUUCUCAAAUUUCUCCCCCUUUAGUCACUUAAUAUGUGUUUUGAUAGUUAUAACCUGUGCGAUAACAUUAGCCAGUGAGGUUAAAAUGGAAUCAUGUUGUCUGUCUGUUUGUCUUUGUUGGGUUCAGUGUCUGUCCAAUGUCCGUCAACAGUUCCCUUAAAUCACUACUAGUCUUUAAUAACCGAUUGGAUUUUGAUAAAUUUUUGUCUGGAACAUUAUUAGGCAAAGGAGAUGCAGUAUUGUAUAAACAGAUGGUUUGCCUCCCUUAGCACCAGAGGUGUGGGACCCAAUAGGAGAAAUAGAGGUGAAUCCUUUAAAUUCCUACUUAUCCCAAACGACUGGUUUUGGAUAAAAUUUGGUCUGAAACAUUAAUUGGUAAAAGAGAACCUAUCUUGUAUAAACAGAAAGUGUAGCUCCCCUGGGGCCGGAGGAGAGAGGUUCAACAGGGGACAUGAAGGUAAGUCAUUUGAAUCGCUAAGAGUAAAUGGAAUUUGAUGAAGUUUGGUCUGGAGCAUUAUUGAACAAAGGAGAUCCAAUUUAUAAAUGGAAGGUGUUGCUCCCCAGGAGCCGGAGGUGCAGGGCCCAAUCGUGGAAAAGUAGGUAAAUGGUUCAAAUCAUCACUAGUUCUGAACAACUGAAUUGAUAUUGAUGAAAUUUGGUCUGGAGUAUUAUUGGUUGAAAGGGGGCCCAAUCCGGUAUAAAUGGACUUUGGGGUUUGAAAGAUGGAGCCCAAUAGGGGAUUUAAAGGUAAAUAUUGAUAGCAAAUGCUUUCCAUUGUUGGAAAGAUUUUUUAGGUGUUUUAUCAAAAUUGUGAAAACCGUUACCCCAGAAUCUACAUUUGCAAUUUAAAGUUUAAAACAAAUGGAUGAAUUGAUACAAUUUAAACUGGUUUGAAUUAAAUACACUAAGCCACAAUAAUUAAAAGCAUUUAUUUUUUGUUGAAGAGCUUAUAAAACAUUUUCAAAAGUCAGACGUGAGAUCACUGUUCAAGAGAUAACGGACAUGACGUUUAAAACCAGUUUUGUUAAUGAAAUUACAGUAUGCCAUACAUGUAAUUUAAAAUCGCCAUUUGUAUCUUCGAGAAAACAAACAUAUUUGUCUUACUGCACUUCUCACUUAGAACUUGAGUGUUUUAAGGCUAAAGAAUAAGUUUGACCUUUAAAGAAUACGCACAAGCUGCCAUAUUAACAAUAUCGCACGAUCUUGCUAAGCUCUUUGUAAGACUGUUAUUAGUAUCAUUACUUAAUACCCCAUUCCUCACAUCUCAGCAUAUUCAAUGUAUCCUUUCCGAGUGUCAUCUGCCUUUGUAACAUGGUAACGAAAAUAACCUCCCAAUUUGAAUAUGGCCAAGGGCCUACUCCAACAAUGUUAGAGGAUAACACGGCGAGACACUUAUGACAGGCGCCGUGUAACCAAAAAUUAGCCGGAGACCUUUAGCUAGCUGAAGUAGCCAAGGGUCACGCUGUAAUUCCAUUUCACUUCAGUUAAAUGUCACACCUCUCCAGUUCAUUACUGGUAUGUCGGCACGAAGUUUUUCUUGUACGUCUCUACUGUGUAUAAAUAUGUGGAUGAAACUAAAGGAAAGCUCAAUGUUAUAUUUAAGUCCCACCUACAAAUGAUUUUUGGAGAUAUUGUAUUAUUUUCAUUAACUCUGGUUCUGAUUCUUAAGUAAUUUCUUGUCUGGGUCAUAACUUUCAAAAUGUUGAAGAUAUUUUGACAAAACUUACAGUAUACUUCUAUUACUUACAGUAGAUUUCCAUUGUUCUGUCGUUAGGUAUCUUUUAGUAAAUUAUAAUUUUCCACCAACAACUUCAAACCUUUAAAGGUUAGCAAGGUCAGUUGUUCUGUACCUGAGUCACCCACUGACGAAGUGCAGUGCUCUGCCAUAGGAUCGUUACGACCUUGACCUUAUCAAAUAUGAAAUAAACGCAUUUUCCCCAAUAAUUUCUUGCACUGACUAUUUAAGAUAUGCCAAUGAAAGCUGCAUUGCACCUUUAUCACCUAGAGAUGAUGGUCAAUGCUCAUUUGGUCAUUGUGGUAAAUGUCAUCGAAUGCUACAAUAUAUUAUAACUGGUUCUUCUAAAAGUUCCUUUCGUAUCUAAAGCAUGAGUUUUGAACAGAUAAAAGGACGAAGCUUAAGCGAUGUACUAUAAUCGGAUAAUUACAGCCUUCAUUUUCAGAACACAAGUCAAUUCAGCGCGAACUGCCUAAUUAUAAAUAAUGGAGAAGGGGAAACAUACAUAUUUGUUCACAAAAUCAAUUCCAUAGUUCAGCAUUAAACUGCUCUUAUAAAUGAUGAAAUGUUUUAUAUAGCCUACUUUAUAGCUGUAAACAUGACGAGCAAAGCUAGUAAAAAUGAGCAAAUAUCAAUAGUAGGCCAAAGUAUAUAAAAAACAAACAAACAAAGCCUAAUGGAAAACAUAUUUGUCUUUAAGGUCAAAUAUCACUUGCCAUGAUGUGUACAUUUUUCAACUUCUGAUGAAAACAGAUAUUGUGUUACAUUAUAGUAAAAAAA